GGGGGGCAGAGGGUUCCGGUAGCCGGUGCGCGGCCGCAGCUGGCGGCGGUGCCGGGAUAGCCGGGAUAACCGGGACACCCCGCGGGCCCCCAGCCGGUGCCGAUGCCGAGGAGCAGCUGACGGCGGCGGGGACGCGGAAAUGGAGCCGCGGCCGGGCCGGGCCGUGCGGGCGCUGUGCGGCCUCUUCCUCCUCCUCCUCCUCCUCGUCCUGCAGCAUCCCGGGCGCGCCGAGCGGGCCCCCGGCUCCCACCUGGACGACUCGGCCAUCGCAGAGUUCUGCCGCAUCGACAAGGCCCUGUGCCACGAUGAGGAUGAGCAGCUGAGCUUCGAGGCCGUGCGCAACAUCCACAAGCAGAUGGACGACGACGCCAACGGCAACGUGGACGUGGAGGAGAGCGACGAGUUCUUGAGGGAAGACUUGAAUUACCAUGACCCAGCAGUCAAGCACAGCACUUUCCAUGGAGAGGACAAGCUCAUCAGUGUGGAGGACCUCUGGAAGGCCUGGAAAACAUCAGAAGUGUACAACUGGACGGUGGACGAGGUGGUGCAGUGGCUCAUCUCCUACGUGGAGCUGCCCCAGUAUGAGGAGACCUUCCGCAAGCUGCAGCUCAGCGGCCACGCCAUGCCCAGGCUGGCAGUGAACAACGCCACCAUGAUGGGCACGGUGCUGAAGAUGACCGACCGCAGCCACCGGCAGAAGCUGCAGCUCAAGGCUCUGGACACGGUGCUCUUUGGGCCUCCUCUGUUGACUCGUCACAACCACCUCAAGGACUUCAUGCUGGUGGUGUCCAUCGUCAUCGGCGUGGGCGGCUGCUGGUUCGCCUACAUCCAGAACCGCUACUCCAAGGAGCACAUGAAGAAGAUGAUGAAGGACCUGGAGGGUCUCCACAGGGCUGAGCAGUCUCUCCAUGACCUGCAGGAGAGGCUGCAGAAGGCGCAGGAGGAGCACCGUUCUGUGGAGGUGGAGAAGGUGCACCUGGAGAAGAAGCUGCAGGACGAGAUCAGCAUUGCCAAGCAGGAGGCGCACCGGCUGCGGGAGCUGCGCGAGGGCACCGAGAACGAGCUCAGCCGGCAGAAGUACGCUGAGCAGGAGCUGGAGCAGGUGCGGAUGGCGCUGAAGAACGCGGAGAAGGAGCUGGAGUCCCACUGCAGCUGGGCUGCCCCCGAGGCCCUGCAGAAGUGGCUGCAGCUGACCCACGAGGUGGAGGUGCAGUACUACAACAUCAAGAAGCAGAACGCAGAGAAGCAGCUGCUGGUGGCCAAGGAAGGGGCUGAAAAGAUCAAAAAGAAGCGAAACACCCUUUUUGGGACGUUCCAUGUCGCUCACAGUUCCUCUCUGGAUGAUGUGGAUCAUAAAAUCCUAACUGCAAAACAGGCGCUGAGCGAGGUGACGGCGGCGCUGCGGGAGCGGCUGCACCGCUGGCAGCAGAUCGAGCUGCUCUGCGGCUUCCAGAUCGUCAACAACCCCGGCAUCCCCUCGCUGGCCUCGGCCCUCAACAUCGACCCGGGCUGGAUGGGCACGCCCCGGCCCAACCCCUCCCACUUCAUCAUCACCGACGACGUGGAUGACCUGGACGAGGAGCUGGUGUCACCCAUGUCCAUGCAAUCUCCGGCCUUGCCCAGCACAGUCCGGCAGCGCCUGGUGGAGCCGCAGCACGGCCACGGAUCGCAGAGGUUGGUAGAGAGUCUCGUGCCGGGGCAGCCCGAGGCGGGCCCCGUGGCCCCGCUGCGCGCGGGCCGAGUGUCCCUGCGCCGAAUGCACAGCCUCACCUCCGGACAGUCCUUCGGCUCCGACCCGCCCGGCUCCAGCCCAUCGCCUGCCUCCACCUCCUCCACCUCCUGCUCCUCAUCCGCCACCACCGCACCUGCUCCUGCUUGCCAUGUCCACCCUAUCUAUUACCAUCACACCACCUCUUAUUUCCUCCAGAUGGAUUCCAUCCCCGACCUGCCCCCUCCUGAUGUCACCUCUGGAGUUCGCUGUCGCACUGGGAGCUUUGGAGAUUUAACUCGCUGCGACUCCGACUCCUCCAUCCCGCACCUGAGCGACCACCAGCGUAUCCCCAGCUCGGCGCCCAAGCUGCUGGCUGCCCGGCCCACGCUGCUGACCAGGUCCAUGGAGGAGGCUGUCCCCGCGGCGCCGGGCCCCGGCGCGCCCACGCCCAACGGCGGCAGCCGGCACGGGGAGCCCUCCGCCCUGGCGGCCUUGCAGGAGCGGCUGCCCGAGAGCCCCAUGGCGAUGAAGAAGAUGAUGACGGUGAACCACGGCAUGGAGAAGUCCUCCAGCCUGGGGGAGAUCAGCCACCACCCGACGGGCGGCAAGCCCAGCCACUCGGAUUCGUCCCGGUCGCACAGCCCCAGCUCCACCGACCCCGACACCCCCUCCCCCAUCUCUGACUGCCGGCCCAGCGGCGCCAGGAACACCCGCAUCCCGCAGCUGGCCGCCAAGAAGAGCCCGGGGGACGAGGACAGCAGCCUGACGGGCGACGAGGUUGACCUCGGCCAGAGCAAGAAAAAGUUCCCCCUAAAGAUCUUCAAGAAGCCCAAGAAGUAGGGGGGGAGCCCCCCGGACGCGUCCCGCCGGGCCCGGGGCCGGCCGUGCACCGGGAACGCAGCGCGGCCCCGGCUCCCUCCGCUCCCCGAGUCACCCCGGCGCCGGCACGGGAGGAGCUAUUUAAACUUAUUUAUUUCCUCAUCUCCGAGACGAGAAGCGCGACGCCGCCGGCUCCCCGCGAGAAGAGCCGUCCCUGCCCUCCCUCCGACCGCUGCGGUCCCGGCUUUGCUGUGCAUGGCUUCCAGUUACUCCUGCUCUGCUCAGCCACGCGGCCUUUGGGUUUGGUUUCAAUGUGGUUUUAUUUUUUUUUUUUUUAAUUUUAUUUUUUAUUAUUGUUAUUGUUUUCCUGCCUCCUCCGACUUCUGCCCAGGCUGAGGGCGGGCCGGGGCCGCUCGGCGCUGCCCCCGGGUGACUCCGCUCGCUGCGGUUCUCUCUCCCUCAUUGCUCCGAGUCACUUUCCCAGCCUGGCUGCGCCCCUGGCAAGGGGAUCCCGUCCCGAGCAGCUCUCGCUGCGCAGGACCAGGGGAGGACUCUGCCCUUGCCGCCGGUACUUGUGUGCUCCCGGUGCCGCCGGGGGCCGCGGGGACGGGGCUGUCCCCGCACUGCCCUGCCCGGUGCCCGGAGAGGUCGGGACACGGGGCAGGGACACGCCUGGCCCAGCUGUGCUUCCCUGGUGCCCUGCACUGCUCCGAACCCACCGUGCCCGGGACCUGGCUGGGGACCCUGGUGACAGGGACGGGGAGGGAACCACCCAGACAGUGAGGGAAGGGCCCUGGUGACAGGGGCAGUUAGGGAACCGCCCUGGUGACAGGGGCACGGAGGGAAGGCUGUCCCGAGGGAUGUGGGUGCAGAGCCAGGUCCAGCCGCCACAUCCACAUGGGAAGGAGAAGGCUCCCGGGAACAGGGCCUGUCCCGUGUCCCCUGUCGUGGCUGGGCAGGGCCAGAGGGAGGGACCAGGACGCAGCAGGGCUGUCCAGGGCAGGGGCCAGGCUGUGCCUGGGGGGCAGGACCACGACAGAGUCCUCCCCUGGAGCAGGCCGGGCGCUGAGGGCUCUGUGCCCCCGAGGGACGCAGGAGGCUCACACAGGCAGUGUCCCCCUUGCCCUGACACGCCGGGGUGUCCCUGGCUGUGCCAGCCCUGCCCCAGCGCUCAGUCCAGCCUGAGCCGCUGCCAGGGGCUCUCCCAUUCUCCCUCGGCACAAUGGGGGUCACACCCUGCUGCUCACAGCGCCCAGCACAGCCCCGGCCACUGCGGGCUCCCCACUGAGGGCAGCAGCUGCGGCCGAGCCCCUUCCCUGCGAGGGCCGAGCCUGUCCCGAGGGAUGAGCUCUGCCCCAUCCCUGGGCCCUGCUCCACCCCGAGGGGUGAGCCCUGCUCCAUCCCCAGGGCUGAGCACCUCGGGGUGAGCUCUGCUCCAUCCCUGGGCCCUGCUCCACCCCGAGGGGUGAGCUCUGCCCCAUCCCCAGGGCUGAGCACCAAGGGGUGAGCUCUGCCCCAUCCCUGGGCCCUGCUCCAUCCCCAGGGCUGAGCACUGAGGGAUGAGCUCUGCCCCAUCCCUUGCUCCCCUCUCCCAGCUCCUCCAGGAGCAUCCCCCAGCCCCGGGGCUGCCAGGGGAACCCCCAAGCCCCCUCCCACCCCACUCGAGGGGGCUCCCUGGCACCACAGGACUCCCCAGCCCGGGGUCCCUGUCCUCAGCCCCCUCUCCGUCCCCACACCACCGUCCCACACGUGCUUGGGCUGGGCGGGGGCUGCUCCUGCCGAGGCAGAGGAGGAUGCACGAUGGGGGGAGGAGGAAGAGGAGGCCGAGAGCCCCCGGGGCCUUGCUUUAUGCCAGAGUAAUAUAUUUGUGUCUUGACAAUUCAGGAAGGGCUACAAAGGUGUUUUAUGUUCCGUAGGCGGGAGUUAAACGAUUUCACUGUUGCUUUGGGAUAAGUGAAAAAUUCCUCUCAAUGACUUUAAGUGCCUGCAUUUCCCUGGGGAUGGGGGAAACGCUCCCGGCCCCACAACAGGGGCUGCUGCCUGGGCAUCCCGAUUCCAUGGGCACCCUGAUCCGUGGGCACCGCAAUCUGUGGGCACCCCGAUUUCUGGGUACUCUGAUCUGUGGGCACCCUGAUGUAUGGGUACCCCAAUCUGUGGGCACCCUGAUUUAUUGGCUCCCUGAUCUGUGGGCACCUCAGUUUUUGGGCACCCUGAUGUAUGGGUACCCCAAUCUGUGGGCACCUCAAUUUAUCGGCACCCUGAUUUAUGGGCACCCCAAUUUGUGGGCACCCUGCAUUCACGGGCAGGGCCAGGGGGGUCGGGGCCAGAGCUGCUUGUGGUGGCAGAGACCUGUGGAUGCUUCUGGAGAAGGGGUUGGGGAUCCACCAAACGGCAACUGUUGACACAUCUGCCAACUCUUGAUUUAAGGUGGUUUUUGUUUUUUGUUUUUUGUCAUUUCAUAAAACUUUUCAAUCCAAUAAAGCAUGUAGUCUAUUUUACGA